AUGGCGAAAUUCCAAGAUCGUUUACACAAAUUUGAUAUCACUUGCGAAUUAAUUCGCGAGAAAUGGAAGCAUAUUGUAUUAAUCGAUAAAGACGUUUCAACUGAACUGUUCACGAUGGAUCUUACUGAACCUCAUGUAGCAUUAACUCAAUCACCGUAUUCGAUUGAUUUAGAAUCGAUCGUGGAAAAUAUCAUGGAGGGACGCUUUCGAGUUCUUCGUCCAAUUGAUAAAUUUAUGAGAGAUCGUAUCGAUAGAAUGGUUCACCCUUUGUAUAAAUCAUUAGCACCUGAAAUGUGA